CAUUAAAGAUCAUAACCAUGAUUCGUUCCACUUUUUGGGAAACCUAGCUACAAUGAUUACACUGUAAAUACUGGUUAAGGAUACUCAAAGUGGCAAUAGGCUCAGGAAGCAUGUUUGUGGACCCCACCCACAAAACCCUGAACUCAGAAAGCUUGGCUAUAGCUACCAAACAUAUGCAAUUCCAGUCAGUUCAAGAACAGCCCUUUUAACUUUUAAGCUGAGCGAAGAAGAGCUAGAAAUGGGGAGAGGAAAAGUGGAGGUGAAGAAGAUUGAGAACAGCACAAGCAGGCAGGUGAGUUUCUCCAAGAGAAAAGGUGGACUCGUCAAGAAAGCUCAUCAACUCUCUGUUCUCUGUGAUGCCCAAAUUGCCCUCAUCAUCUUCUCUGCCAAAGGGAAGCGCUACCAUUACUGCUCUCCAUCACUAAGUAUGGAGGAAAUGAUUGAGAAAUAUCUGUAUGCCACUGGUGCGUCGUCUUUGCCACAGAAUCACGAAGUUAGCAAGGAUGAGAUAGGUGCAUUGAGGGAGAAAACUCUGGAUCUUCAAUUGAGCAUUGAGAGAUACAAAGGAGAGAGUUUGAACUCCAUACAAUACAAGGAUCUUGACGAUAUGGAGAAAAAACUAGAGAUCUCAUAUAGAAAAGUUCGAGCAAGAAAGUUGGAGUUGAUGCAACAACAGUUGGAAAAUCUCAGGAGGACGGAGAAAAUGUUGGAGAAGCAGAAUGAAGAUAUGUGCAAUUGGUUGAUGAACAAUAAGAUAUACCGCCGUCAGCAAGAAGCAAUGACUGAACUCAAACUUGUGGAAGAGCAGCAGCCGCUACUGCCUGGGGUGGUGGAUGAGUUUCCUUUCCUCUUUCAAGAGAUGCCGCCGCCUCCUACCGGCGGCUUUCUCAGCCUUCUUCCUUCUCACUCCAACCAUCGCGAUUCAGACCGCCCAGGAUGCAGCUAUAAAUAAUGGUUAUGAUAAAGGUAUAUACAUGUCACAACCUCUUGUACUUUUAUUUUGAUUGCUUGAAAGAUAGAAGGGAAGUAUAGCACCAUUUCCUAGGCCCUAUGAUUUAGUCGGAGCUUUAAAAAUUGGGUCAUUCUAGAUGUACACAAAAUGUGUACACAAAUCUUACAUUGUAUGUGUCAGACAAUAAGGGGGUUUUGACAUCAAAUUCUACCAUUUUUCUAACGGAUUGCCUUUGUACAUAGGCAACUGGGGAGUUUUGUGUAUACUCUUGGUACAACUCAUGUACACUAAAAAUUUCUCUUCAACAUUGUAUUACUACCUCUGUCUUAA